AUGGUUGCUGUAUUCAACAAAGAGCUCUUGAGUUGGUACCUCAUUACCCUGAAACUCAAAGAAACUGUAGAAGCCGGAACUCCAAAAAUUCAAAGUCCCAUAACCACCAGAUCAAUUGAAUUACAAGAACAGCCUCAGCAGCGGCAACGAUCCGAUUUGCUGCAAGUUGUGAUCAACGGUGAAACUGAAAACGUCGAAGAAGGUCCCAAGUCACCGGAAUCCGAAUGGGUGAUUUGCAUUAAAGAAAAACUUGAACAAGCCCACCAAGAUGAUGCAGCAGGUUCAUGGGCAAAGCUGUGCAUCUAUAGAGUACCUCACUGCCUACGGGAAGGCGAUGACAAAGCUUACAUCCCCCAGAUUGUCUCCCUAGGGCCUUACCACCAUGGAAGGAGACGCCUACGCAACAUGGACCGCCACAAAUGGCGUUCCCUGGACCACAUUCUCAGACGUAGGAAUCAAGACAUAAAGCUCUAUCUUGAUUCAGUAAAAGAACUUGAAGAAAGGGCACGCGCUUGUUAUGAAGGAGCAAUCAGUUUUAGCAGCAAUGAGUUUGUGGAAAUGAUGGUACUUGACGGAUGCUUUGUUCUUGAGCUCUUCCGAGGGGCAGCUGAGGGAUUCAAUCAUCUUGGUUACUCUCGAAACGAUCCUAUAUUUGCAAUGCGUGGCUCAAUGCACUCGAUUCAGCGAGAUAUGAUCAUGAUCGAGAACCAGAUUCCUCUGUUUAUACUUGAUCGGCUACUAGGCCUUCAGUAUGAUCAGCCUAAACAGACAGGGCUUCUUGUCAAGCUAGCACUCCAUUUCUUUGAUCCACUAAUGCCAACAGAUGAGCCAUUGACAAAGAGUGACAGGAACAGAUUAGAGUCAUCGCUUGGAUAUACAACAACAACAACAUUUGAUCCGUUAGCAGAUCAGGGUGGCCUUCACUGUCUUGAUAUUUUCAGACGAAGUCUAUUGCGCAGAGGGCCUAUACCUGAACCCCGGAUUUGGAUCAGGCGAUGGUCACACGCAAGCCGCGUUGCAGACAAGCGUAGGCAACAGUUGAUUCAUUGUGUGACAGAACUGAGAGAGGCUGGGAUUAAGUUCAAGAAGAGGAAGACUGAUCGAUUCUGGGACAUAAAAUUCAAGGAUGGGAUACUAAAGAUACCUCGGCUCUUGAUCCAUGAUGGUACCAAGUCACUUUUUCUUAACCUCAUUGCAUUCGAGCAGUGUCAUCUUGAUUGCAGCAACGACAUAACAUCGUAUGUGAUCUUCAUGGAUAACUUGAUAAACUCGGCUGCAGAUGUAAAUCGGUACUACGACCACAGGUGGAACGCUUGGCGUGCCAGUUUGAAGCACAACUAUUUCAGCAAUCCAUGGGCAAUCAUCUCAUUUGUUGCUGCUGUGGUCUUAUUGUUGCUUACCUUUGCCCAGACAUUUUAUGGAGUGUAUGGCUAUUACAAUCCACGUUCUUGAAUUUAUUAAACCCCUCUUCAUCUAUUAUAUGUU